AUGCUCUGGAAACAAUUGUUCAAGGCGGCACUGGUGCCUGCUCUCGCAUCUCCUGUGCUGUCGGUUCCAACCAAAAGUCAUAUGGUGGGAAUUGUCGAGAACUACACAGUGGCUGACUGGGAGACUGAUAUGGCUUAUGCCAUGGAGAUUGGAAUUGAUGCUUUUGCACUCAACAAUGCCAAGGUCGACAGCUACACCCCAACUCAGCUAGCCAAUGCAUACCAGGCUGCCGAAAAUGUUGGCUUCAAAUGUUUUCUUUCCUUUGAUUUUGCAUACUGGAGCAACGGAGAUACUUCACAAAUUACAGCAUACAUGAAUGAGUAUGCUGGGCACCCUGCUGCCAUGCAAUAUAACGGUGGUGCCGUAGUGAGCACCUUCGUUGGCGAUAGUUUUGACUGGGGACCAGUUAAAUCUGGCACCUCACACCAGAUAUUUGCUAUUCCCAACUUGCAAGACCCUGCAGAGGCCAAUUCUCUUCAAACUUCUUUUGACGGAGCCUUCUCGUGGUACGCUUGGCCGACAGAUGGUGGGAACAGUAUUAUUCCUGGCCCUAUGACAACUGUAUGGGACGACAGAUUUGGGACUGACCUCAAGGGAAAACCAUAUAUGGCUCCUGUUUCUCCAUGGUUCUCAACCCACUUCAACUCAAAGAAUUGGGUAUUCAUCUGCGAGGAGCUGAUUACCGACAGAUGGAAUGAAAUGCUCUCUUUGCAGCCAGAACUGAUUGAGAUUGUUACCUGGAACGACUACGGCGAGUCUCAUUACAUUGGGCCAGCGGAACCCCACCACACGGACGAUGGGUCUUCAGAAUGGGCAGCAGGUUUUCCUCAUGACGGCUGGAGGAUAAUAAUGAAGCCAUAUAUUGCCGCCUACAAAGCCGGAGCCAGUACCCCAAGUGUUUCAGAAGACCAACUGGUGUAUUGGUACCGGCCAACGCCCUGGGACGUGACAUGCACCGGAGAUUCAUUAGGGCCGCCAAACGGAAGAGAACUUCUCGCUGAUGUCGUAUUUGCUACCACUCUGCUGACAAGCCCAGCACAGCUGACUGUCACGAGCGGCAGCAACGCACCGGUAACAAUAGAUGUACCUGCAGGUAUCUCGACCUGGAACUUUACAAUGGGUCUUGGCUCUCAAACCUUUGAGGUUGCGAGGAAUGGUGCUACUAUUAUGGGUGGAACCAGUAGUCUUCAAAUCACGGAUACUUGCGUUUACUAUAAUUACAACGCAUACGUGGGCUCGUUCAACGCCACUGGUGGCACAACAACCCCAACCCCACCACCGCCAACUUCAAGCUCUUCAUCUUCAAUUACUUCAAGCUCUACUAUCAGCUCCUCAAGCUCCUCAACGCCAAUUACCACCUCCUACUUCAUGUAGGUUUCCUUUAACAGUCCGACAAUAGAUUUAAGCACUCCUUUUGCAAAUUUUCGUCCUCGGUUUUUCUGUAUUUUCCUAAGUAAAG